AUACACAGAACAUAAACAAAACUGAAAUCGGAGAGUGAGUUUUGGGCGCCAUUUACAGCGUGUAUCUUGUUUGUGAUGGACUUCUUCCGAAAAGUGCCUAAAAUUGAACUGCAUGCUCAUCUUAAUGGGUCGCUGAGCAACCGGACACUGAAGGAACUAGGAGCGAUUAAAUAUGGGAAAGAUGACCCGGCGACAACAGCUGAUGAGUGCUUCUACAAAAUAACCACCGGGCAAAGCUUAACCUUGAAAGAAUGCUUCCAGAAGUUCAAAUACGCUCAUGAUCUAACAGACCAACAGGAAACACUUGCCUAUGCAACUCGAGCAGUUAUUCAGGACUUUGCGGCGGAUAAUGUGGUUUAUCUCGAGCUUAGAACGACUCCCAAAACGACGGCGCAUAUGAGUAAGAAGCAAUAUCUGACAACAGUGCUGGAUACAAUCAGAAAAGUACAGAAUGAAAUCCCAUCGAUUACAGUCAAACUGCUUCCCUCGAUCGAUCGCUCCAAGGGACUGCAGGAAGCGGAGGAGAAUGUUUCCUUGGUGGUCGAACUCUGCGAAGAGUACCCAGACAUAAUCAAAGGGAUGGAUCUGAGUGGAGCUCCGUUCGGAACAAGCUUCUCCGAUUUCGGAGUCAUCUUGAAAAAGGCCCAAUCGUGUGGACUGAAGAUGGCGCUGCAUUGUGGAGAGUUUGAGGAUGAUGAUGAAAUACGGGACAUGUUCGAGUUCGGAACCGAUCGCAUCGGACAUGGCACGUUCAUUAGGGGUACUAACCUGGAGGUUGCUCGAAAAAGGGGAAUCCCAUUUGAGUGUUGUCUCACCAGUAAUGUCAAAUGUAGUACAGUUAGUUCCUACAAAGAGCAUCAUUUCAAGAAACUUUGGGAUGGAGGUUUUGCUGUGUGUAUUUGUACGGAUGAUUUCGGAGUGUUCGAUACUACUCUCUCACAGGAGCUAAGCAUUUGUUGUGAAACCUACGGAUUAAACUUACAAGAUAUUAUUCAGCUGCAAGAAAAUACGAUCCACUACACUUUUGCAAGUGAGGAAGAAAAACAGAAGUUGAUGGAAAUAUUCAAUAAUUUCAAAAACACAGUGAAAUUCGUUUAGGGUCCAAUAUAGAUUUAUUUAUUCCUACCAGCGUCUUUUUACAAAUCUGCCUCAUCGUUUUAGAACUAUAAAUGUUACGUACAGAUUA